UUUCACAUGCUCGAGCGCCCGCACAGCCCGCUCGGCGCUCUGCAGUCCCGGGAAUGCCGCCCGAAGAACUGCGCCUUUGACCAGCGUCCUGGUGUGAUUUCAGAGCAUUGCAUCGCCGAUGGAUGCUGGUCCCCUUACCGGUCUUGAUGGAGUCCCCAGGGACCACCUUCAUUCACAAGGUCGGCAUUUCCCCAAACGUCCAAAGCACAUGCUUGUAGUAGAAGCCAAGUUUGAUGGAGAGCAGCUGGCUACCGAUCCUGUGGACCAUACUGACCAGCCAGAAUUUGCUACUGAGCUAGCCUGGGAAAUUGAUAGGAAAGUGCUUCAUCAGCACAGGUUACAGCGAACUCCUAUCAAAAUCCAGUGUUUUGCCGUGGACCCUUCUUCUUCAGCCAAGGAAACCAUAGGCUACAUUGUUCUGGACUUAAGAACCGCACAAGAAACAAAGCAGGCACCCAAGUGGUACCAGGUGCUGAGUAACAAGUACACCAAGUUCAAGUCCGAGAUACAGAUCGGUAUCACUUUGGAAACAGAUACAAAGGCACCACCGGAUACUUUUAAAGCAAAAGGAGCACCUCCCCGGGACGGUCAAGUACCUGCCAGCCUGUGUGGACUGGACCCGAAGGACAUAGUCGCGGUGCUGAAUGAGGAAGGAGGCUACCAUCAGAUUGGACCAGCAGAGUGCUGUGCUGACUCCUUCAUCCUGUCCGUGACCAUCGCGUUCGCUACACAGCUGGAGCAGUUAAUUCCUUGUACAAUGAAGCUUCCAGAACGACAGCCUGAGUUUUUCUUUUACUAUUCUUUAUUGGGAAAUGAUGUUACAAAUGAACCCUUCAAUGAUUUAAUGAACCCAAACUUUGAGCCAGAGAGAGCAUCUGUUCGCAUACGUAGCAGCGUGGAAGUUCUUCGUGUCUACCUGGCUCUUCAUCCUAAACUGCAGAUCCAUCUGUGCUGUGGAGACCAGUCCCUCGGGAGUACGGAAGUCCCCUUAAAUGGACUGCUGAAGAAAGGCAGCACAGAAAUCAACCAGCGCCCAGUCACGGUUGAGGGCGCUUUUACCCUUGACCCUCCAAACCGAGCCAGACAAAAGCUGGCGCCCAUCCCGCAGGAGCUGGCCCCAACUGUGGGCGUGUCUGUGGCUCUGCAGAGAGAAGGCGUCGAUCCCCAGUCCUUAAUUGACUUAAAGACCCAGAAUGGACAUAACACAGAGCAUUCAAAGAAGAGAGUUUUAACUCCCAUAAAGGAGAAGACACUUACUGGACCAAAAUCACCCAGUGUGUCACCUGUUCUGCCUCAUAACCAGACACCUCCAACUAAAGAUGAUGCAACAGAAAGUGAAGUAGAAAGCCUACAAUAUGACAAGGAUGCAAAACAAAGUCUAAAAGGCAUUAGCUCUGUACCCGCUUCAUUGGCCCAGCCAGUGGUUACUUCCCACGCCUCAGAAGUAACGUCAGGACAGAAGAUUGCUGUUCCCGCGACAUCGCAUCACUUCUGCUUUUCAAUAGACUUAAGGAGCAUCCAUGGCCUGGAAAUUAGUUUUCCAGUUAACUGCAUAUUGAGGUACUCAUAUCCAUUCUUUGGAAGUGCGGCUCCUAUUAUGACUAACCCUCCCGUAGAAGUUCGGAAGAACAUGGAGGUUUUUCUUCCUCAGUCUUACUGUGCAUUUGAUUUUGCAACUAUGCCUCAUCAGUUGCAGGACACCUUCUUCCGGAUUCCAUUGCUGGUUGAGUUAUGGCACAAGGAUAAAAUGAGUAAGGACUUACUCCUGGGGAUUGCAAGAAUCCAGCUUUCUAACAUCCUGUCUUCAGAGAAAACACGGUUCUUAGGCUCCAGUGGUGAACAGUGUUGGCGUCAGACCUUGAGUGAGAGAGUGCCUGUUACAUCAGCACAGGGGUCAAAUAACAGAAUAAUGGAUCUUUCUUACACAGUGACUCUAGAAGAUUAUGGACUAAUAAAAACGCGUGAGGUUUUUGUUUCCGAUUCCUCUCAGGGCUUACCUGCUCACCAGCAGAAGCCACCUUCUCUUCCCCCGGCACCUUGUCCUUCUGAGGCCCACACCGAGCCCCGAGAAACCUUGGAAUACAAAGCUGCACUUGAGCUAGAAAUGUGGAAGGAGAUGCAGGAAGACCUAUUUGAAAAUCAGCUGAAGCAGAAAGAACUGGCUCAUAUGCAGGCUCUUGCAGAGGAGUGGAAGAAACGGGACCGAGAACGAGAGUCGCUAGUGAAGAAAAAGGUGGCUGAGUACAGUAUUCUGGAAGGAAAACUUGAGCGCGCCCUUAGUGAGCUAGAGAGCCGCGAGCAGCAGCUGGCCGGCGCGGAGCUAGAGCUUCAAAGAGAGAAGAAAGAAUUGCAAUCAGAGCGCGAAAGGAACCGGCAUGAGGCGCAGGACUGCAUCCGCAGGGCCCGGGAGGACUGUGGUCACCAGGUGGAGCUGGAAAGGCUCAAGACGAAGCAGCUGGAAGAGGAGAAGCGCCGGCUGCAGCAGCAGCUUAAUGAUGCCGAAAAUAAGUUUAAGAUUUUGGAAAAAGAAUUUCAACAUUUCAAGGAUCAGCAAAGCAACAAACCGGAAAUACGCCUGCAGUCUGAAAUAAAUCUUCUCACCUUGGAAAAGGUCGAACUUGAGAGAAAGUUGGAAUCUGCAACCAAGUCUAAACUGCAUUACAAGCAGCAGUGGGGACGGGCUCUAAAAGAGCUGGCCAGACUCAAACAGAGGGAACAAGAGAGUCAAAUGGCUCGUCUUAAAAAACAGCAAGAGGAACUGGAGCAGAUGAGACUGCGCUACCUUGCUGCUGAGGAAAAAGAUACAAUGAAAACUGAGCAGCAGGAGCUGUUGGAUAUAAGAAAUGAAUUGAACAGGUUAAGGCAACAGGAACAAAAGCAGUCCCAGGAUUCCAGAGAGAUUGCCAGUGGAAAGAUGGGUGGUCCGCAGGGCUCCACGCUGGAGGACGGCUUGGAUGAGUACUUGACUCGGCUAAUAGAAGAGAGGGACACCCUGAUGAGAACCGGUGUGUACAGUCAUGAAGACCGCAUCAUAACUGAGCUCGAUCGGCAGAUCAGAGAGGUCUUGGCUAAAAACAAUGCCAGCAGUUAACAACAUUUGAAAAAUCUAUACACAGACUCUAGGUCUAAAUUGUAAUUUCAUUGUAAAACCCUCAAAGCAGGGAGGGGGAAAGGGAUAUUUUAAAAUGCUAAUUUCAAUUUUUUAUAAGCUGAAUUUUGUAUGUUACUGUAUAGUAUUUAUUUGAUUUUUACUUAACGCUACCUCUCCCAUGCUGAUUUUAUUCAUAAAUGCAUUUUUAUACUCAUUUAAAAUGACUUCAGUGUUCUUCAGUUUAUAUAGUCUGAUGGUAACUUUAAAAACAGCUUUUCACCAAGUAUGUUCUAGGAGAAAUGGGUGCCGUAAAUUCUAGUUACAUAAUUUUCAUGUUGGGCCAAGAGUGCAUGUUGCACUUUAAAAUGCUAUAUCCUACUCCAUUUGAUUGUAGAUAUCUUAAAGUUGAGGCCAAUUAUAAAUGUACCUCAUUCUUUGACAUUUACUUUGUAUGACUGAUCUAUUUUUCCUACACUUGUGAUAUAUUUGCAGAUGACAAGGUUGAAAAUAAAGCAGUGUCAACACAGGAGUUAAAAGACAUACUGGGUGACAAAUUAGUCAUUUGUUCAGAUACAUUUCACACAUUAAAUGUGUUUUAAGAA